AUGGCGCAAUUAGCCGCUAUCCCUGAUGGGCCAGAGUUCGAGCCCACGUUGAGCGAACAGGUGGAGAACGUUCUGCAGGAGAUCAACGUCAAGGAGCGGCCGUCCUCCGUGGGUAAGCUCUACCAGUGGAUACUAAAGAACCCGGGGCCCGAGGCAGCCGCCACGGCCGCCUUCGCGGUGAAGGUGGCAACCACGGCAAAGGAGUCCGCGGAAAGGCGGCUGAGCCUCCUCUACGCGACCCACGAGCUGUUCCGGCAGACCAGCAAGAACCUGGACAUGGACUUCGACUAUGAGGCCUGGACGGAAGCGGUCAGAGCCCUCGUGCCGUGGACGGUACGCAAGCAGAAGAGCGAGGUCGACAAGGCGAAGAUCAUCAAGUCGGUGUUGAAGACAUGGGUAACCUCCGGUUGGUUCAAGAAAGACUUCGUGGAAGGGCUUCUUCCCGGAAGAAACAUCGUCAAGAGGGUCUCCCCUCCAGCCUUGUCCCCCGCCGCCGCCCCUGCUGCAGAUUCCGGGGGCCGCAGGAGACGACAAAGUAGCGGCGGCGUCGGCGGCGGUGCCGACGGCAGCAGCGGUCGGGGGGCGGGGGGUGGAGGGAAGCGUCAGCGCACUUCGUCGGUGGCGGCAACCGCCGCCGCGGCUGCCGCGCCCGAAAAUGGUAGCGGUAACGCUAUCAAGAGAGGUCGCGUCGACGGCGGGGGCGGUGGCAGCAGUAGCGUCAACAACGGCGCCGUUGUCGCCGCCGCCGCCGCCGCCGCCGCCGGCCCGUGGGUAGAGCAGGACCGCGAGUCGUCGGCGUUCCACCCGGUCGAUGACACCGCCCGCGCCGGCUACUCGCCGAUCCCCAGCGGUGGCGGCGGCGGUGGCGGCGGUGGCGGCACGCCUCAACCCGGUGACGUAGAGCUUGCCCCGCCAACCGUGGGGGAGCUAGAGGCGGCCGUGGCGGAGAUGUCGGCGUUGACAAAAGCAGUCCAGGCGGAUGCCGCCGCCGCCGCUGAGGGGGCGGGGGGGGCAGGAGGAGGGACUAACACCGUAACGCCUUCGCCGGAGGGAAACCGCGCGGACGGUGAUGGGGCAGGGGCCGCCACGGCUGCGGGCGAGAGCCCUCAAGAGCUUCAGCGGAAGGCGUUGUCGUUGACGCUGGACGGGUGCGGGCUGAUUCGUCGAAUAGGGAAGGCUAUGAGGUUCCCGGGGAGGGUGAUGCUGACCGCGUUUCACCUCUUCCACCACUACCAGUGGUGCGGCUUGGUCUCGUCGUUCAAGUUCUCGCCGCCGAAGCUCCCCGCGGUGUGCCUCGCCUGCCUCCUGGCGGCGACGAAGGCCGAGGACUGCAACGCGAAGCUGGAAGUGAUGUUGCAUCAGAUGAGGCAGCUGGAGCCGAUCCUGCCCCCGCUGGAGGGGAUCUUCCCGCUCGGACAGCGCCCGACCUCCAAAGAGGUGGUGAACUAUGAGUACAAGCUGCUUCUGUCGCGCGGGUUCGAUCUCGAGGUGGUGCACCCCACGGAACAAAUCUCAGCGUUCCUGGUGCUGACGGGCGCGCCUUUGCAGGUUGGCGACCUUGCAUACCAGGUGCUGUGCUCUCGAGUGUACACGGACUCGACGCUUUGUUUGGAGGAGGAUCCGCUAUCGUGCCUCUGCGCUGCGGUGCAGUUUGCCCUCCUGGGCCCUGUGCCAACCGACGACCCCCUCGGAGACGUGCGCACGAGCGCCCUGGAGACCUGGCCGAUGCUGUUCGGAGCCAGCAAGCCGGGCCUGCUUCCGUUCACGGACCGCCUCGUGCAGUGCGCGCGGGACCUCGGAGAGAUAGCGCCGUGCCAGACGUUCAUGAUACCUCGGGGGUCGGAGCAGACCGCCAGCAACUCGCGCUACGGCAUGCCCGGUUCCCAGCAGUCGAGGGCUUCUUCUUCUUCGUCGGCGGUGGGGAGGGCAGGGGGAGGGGUGGGCGGCGGAAGCGGAAGUGCCAAGAAGAGCCCGCAUGCCGCCAAGACCCCCGAGCGCUCCCGCAGCGGCAGGCGUUCGAGCAAAGUCCAGGCCGGCGGCGGCGGUAGCGGCGGGCGGCAGAAGGCCUCGGGGGCUUCGUCUUCUUCUUCCUCCUCGUCGUCGUCGCGGCGGAAGAAGGAGGCCCGCGGCGGCGCAGGCGCGACGGGGGGAGACGGCGCCGCUGCCGCUGUCGCUACGGCUACUGUAGCCGGGUCGUCGUCGUCGUCGUCAGGAGCGGCAGCAGCCGUGGUAGUGCUGCCCGUGCCGGCUGCCGCAACAACGGCCGCAGCCGCUGCUACGGUAGUCAAGACGGAGGGCGGCGGGGCGGCGGCGGCGGCGGCGGCAGCGAAGGAGAAGAAGGAGGACGUCUUCCCGCCGGACAUCGUAGUCACGGGGGAGCCUGCGGUGGAGGGCGGCGGCGGCGGCGGCAGCAGCGGCGCAGAGAGCGGUGGCGGCCUCGUGAUCGAGCCUCCCCAGCAGCACUACAAGGGCGAGGACAUGGGCUACCCCGCGGCCGAAGACAACGACGCCGUCGGGGGUGUGGUCGAGCCGUACCACGAAGCGGAGGGGCAGCAGCCGUACGGCGAGCAACAGGAGGGCUACGCCAGCGGUGACGGCGGGGGGCUGACCGGGAGCGGGGUUCCCUUGGCGGUCGCACAAGCCGAGAGAAGGAACGGCCCCUACGACGAUCACCGGCACCAGCAGCAACACCCCGUCGAAGUGAUGCGGUACGACCAUCAACAGCCGGUUCAGCUAGAGCUCCCCUCUGGGGGUGUUUCGCACGGCGAGGAAGACGGCGAUUCGGUGGGGCACGAUAGGAAUUACCCCGAGGGGGGUGCGCCGGCGGCGGCGGCGGCGGAAGAGACCUACGCGGAGCGACCGCCAGCCAGCGAGGGGAUGGGGGUGGUGGCUGACGACAUUCUCGGGGGGUGGCAGCAGCAGCACCAACACCAAGGAGCACCAGGGCAUCAAGCGCUGGGCGAUCGUGCGUGGGAAGGCGGCAGUGGCGAGGAGGCGCUGGGGGAGGUUGCUGUAGGAGGGGGGGGGCGCGGCAGCGGCGGUCGGGGGGAGAGACAGUCGCCGUCGGAGUACGCGGAAGCGGAGGAACUCCUGCCCCACCACCACCAUCAGCAGCAGCCCGUGUUUGCACACGGCCCCGCGGGGCCAGCAGAUCAGGAGUGGGAUGACGGGGUAGGGGUUACUCCGGGAGACGACGCCUCGGAGGGCGUGUGGCCACGAUGA